AUGGCUGCGUCCAAAAAUCAAAAGUAUUUGAAAUAUGUUGUUAAUGAUAAAGAGGAUUCUGAUGAAGAAUAUAUGCCUUCAAGUGAGAGUGAUGAUUGCGAAACCAACUUACUAAAGAUGGAAAAGAAUUUAGAAGUAGACGGAUUUCAGAGAGUAUGGAGCGAAAAAGAUGAAAUAAGUAUUUUGGAAGCCCAUCUCAAUUAUUCAUUAGAUUAUGAUGUAUUACUUAGUUUUAUGAAGGAUAAAUUGGAAGUAGAAACGACCAAAACUCAAUUACAAGCUAAAUUGACAAGGUUGAAAAAGAAGUAUAAGAAAAACCUUAAGAAAAGGAGUUUUUCAAAACCCCAUGAGGAGAAGUUAUUUAAACUAUCAAAGAGAAUUUGGGGAUCACAAGUGAAGUGUAAGAGUAUUAUUGAUGGUCAUUUCGUUUUGGGUGGAGGUAGUGCUGCUGAUUUGGAGGAUUGGUUUAGAAGAAAUCCAGGUCAAUUAAUUAAGGAAAAAGAUAGGGAAGAAAUGUUGAAGAAAUCAAAAUCUGUAAAGAUUGGUAAGGCUCAACAGUAUUUGUCAGAAAUACAAGUGAUGGAGGAACAAACUAACUUGGCUAUCGAUGCUCUCCAAUCCAUUCUCACAUGA